GCACUUCACUUCAUUCUCACCUGUUAUCUGCAAAACACGCCUGAUUCAAAGAGCCCGAAGGCUAACGUACAUCCUUGGAAGCCCUCUUCUUAGGAGGGCCGUGUCUGCCAAGAAAAUGAUUAAUUUCGCAGCGUUUUAUUGAAUUCUUUACUUAAUUAGCCGUUUUCUAUUAAUAAUUCAAUUAUCUGCGCGGCAGAAAGUAUAAAAGCCUUCCCCACCUCUCCUACUAGGGUACAAACCUUCUACGCCGCUCUUAACUCUAUCCAUAGUUUAUACCUCGCUAAACAGCGACUAGCCUCUCUAGGGAGUAAAGCUAACUGUUAGUAGUAAUAUAUAAGGCGGAGUACGUCAAGAGCCGAGCAUAUGGUUAACUCGAAAUGGUUUAUACCGUGAGGCAAGGUAGUUAGAAGGCAGUCCCUCGAGCUAUCUAAGUAGGUGUGUAUGGUGCACGGGCCAUAUAGGCAUAAGUUGGCCACGGCUGAGGGUCUGUCUCGCUGUUCCGCCGUUCCCAACAUGCGGGGCCAGUUUGCAAUCUCCACGAUAUCGUCCGAUUUGAGGGGAUGUGGGCAUAGCCCAUAUGUUUAGCCACCAGGCGGGCUCCGAGUGCCGCAUAGGUAUGCUGGCGCCACGGGACGAAUGGACAUGUGCAUGACAUUGCGCGUGGCGGAGCCGGUACGUCUCGAUUUGCUUCGAUAUUGAUUGCGAUUGAAGUGCAUAUAUGCUGCCCGUCGACUCGUCACCAGCAUCGAACCUUGGAACAUUGCAAAUCUUUUGCUAGAUGUUCAGGGAGUAGGCCAGCCUGAAACGAAGAACCACCACCUGCAUACUGUUGUCCAUGGCCUAGGAGUUCCAACCACCAUGCAACCAGUCGAACCUUAUAUCCCUGGACCGCACUCGUGUUACUAAACGAAAGCCUUGUUGUUGAGGGUAUCACGACUAAGUACAGCUAGGAGUUAGCAAUGGCCACAAGGAAUGGCAGGGGUUGUUUGAGUUAUCCGUCGAUACUUUAAACAGCCAGUAUCUUCCCUGGAGAGCACGAUUCGAAUGGUCCAGCGGAAUACCCGUGCCUUCAUCACCCUAUUCCCCGUAGAUAUAGACAACCCUCGCCGUCCCGCAAGCUGUUCAGUGCGUACCCGAAAGGUUAGAUCAAACAGAUGGCGGUCGAUGCUGUCAACCACGCACGGCGACAUCCGAAAAGCUUGCAAAGUGGUCCAGCUGCUUCACAGAACCCAGAUUGGACGACCUCUGAAAGAUACCGCCGUUGAUGAGUUCUCAAUAUUUUUGGUACAUGUUCACCUCUGUGUACUGUAUCCUGGUCACAGAAAUCACGCUGCUGAAAGACGGCGGACAAUGUCCGGUCGGUGAGAAUCCUCCUUCGCUUCACCUACCUAUCUUGGCUGGAAGUGUCCUCGUCGUUUCUGCGAUGUAAAGUCGGAAGGAUCGCUGAAACUGGCCAUUGGCUGGAUAGUAGCAUGAGAAAGAGUUCACUGGGAGUUUCAAUCGGCCAUAGAUCUGUCGACCUCUCGGAAUGGUAUCGCUGCCAUGCUUCCUGGAUAUCCCUCGUUAAUGCCAAGCAGCUGGCCAUCUUGGUUUCGAGCAUGCUCAAGCGAACUUCGGCAAGUCGUAUUCGUCCAAAUGGCGGCUGAGGGCGGCUUGUAGUUGAUUGACAAUGAAAUAUGGGGUGGUGUUCACUUGUCCAAGAUCUCUAGCAAG